AGUAAUGUUGUGGUAUACCUAUCGAAAAAAAUCACAGCCAACUGCCACCUAAACGACCAGUCUUCGGGCAGCAGUUGAGCUAGUUUGUCGUGUAGUACCUCGACCGGGUGCGUCUUUUCUGUCAGUUUUACCUUGAAGUCAGUCGCGCAAAUAUCUCGUUCCUUUCGGAAAUUUACUGGCGCAAAGACCUUAGAGACCGAGUGCUGAUCCGGUUCUAUUCGAGAAAUAUAGUUCUGAAGGAGUUCGUUCAGCCUAGAAGACAAAAAAAACCUCCAUGAUGCAGCGUGUUCUGGUUCUGUUUUUGGCUGUGGCCUUCGGCCAGUUUGCCGUUCUUAAGUCCCAAACAUCGAGGAUCCGCGUGGCCGUCUACUACGAGCACCUGUGCCCGGAUAGCAUCCGUUGGUUUAGCAAUCAGCUGAGCCCGAACUACGCCGCGUUGGAACCAAUCCUGGAUAUCGAAUUCAUUCCAUUCGGCAAGGCUAGGAGCAUCAACGGUGGCGAAUCCUUCGAAUGUCAGCAUGGUCCGCUGGAAUGUGAAGGAAACCGGAUCCAGUCGUGCGUGUUGAACCAGCUGAACAGCCAGGAUGCUCAAGUGAGCUACACCACCUGCCAGAUGCAUUUCCUUGCCGAUCCACGAGGAUGGGAGUGUGCCUUCCGAUCGGGCGUAGAUUUGACGGUCCUGCAAAAUUGCGUCGAUGGGUCGCUCGGAACGCAGCUGCAGCUGGAGGCGGAAAGGCGCACCCAACUGAUUGCGCCGGCCUUCGUACCGACGAUGGUUUUCAAUGGCCAAUUCAACCAAAAUCUGCAGGAUCGAGCCUUCAACAACUUCCUGGAGGUGAUGUGUGACCUGAGCAAUAAUGCUGUCAGUGCUUGUUAGGGACAAUCCAGAAUGGGUAGCCCCAGAUAAUAUGCUCUUAUAAUCUACCGGUGCAAACAUCAAUGACACUCGACCGACUGUUUAAAGGUCAUUAGUUGAGACUUGAUUAAAACA